AUGGAAGCUAUUGUGAAUGCAAGAAAGGAAGCGAACGAGGUGAGGAAGAUGGCAAGGAGCCAAGAUGCCGCGGCCGAGGAGAGGAGGGUGGGGGCCAAGGAGAGAAAUGUGGCAUUGGAGGAGAAGAAAUUGGCCAUGGAGGAGCGAACUAGAUUGUUGGAAUGGGAGAAGAACUUGUUCUUCAUGGACACAUCUACCCUCGAUGAUAAGCAAAAGGAGUACGUCAAUCUUGCCCAUGAAAAAGUCUUGGCCGAAAAAAGAGCCAUGGUUGGCAUGGGCAGCGUGGGUGGCAUGGGCGGCAUGGGUGACAUGGGACGCAUUGGUGGCUUCGGAGCUACCAUGGGCGGCAUGGGAGGCAUGGGGGGGGGGGGGUUCGGAGCUACCAUGGGGGACAUGGGAGGCAUGGGUGGCUUCGGAACUACCAUGGGAGACAUGAGUUUUGCGUCUCUCAUGGGAGGCAUGGGAGCACCUACGGGUGACAUGGGUGGAAUGCCUUCUGGUGUGCCUCAUCACACACCUUCGCAUGAUGCCGUUGGAGAUCUUGCCAACACCUUCCGAGCCCCCCAUGAUGAUGCGGCGCGCGCCAAUGAAGAGGAGGGGGAAGAAUCGUCUUUGGAUGAGGAUGAAGAAUCAGAGGAAGAGGAGGAUGAAUACGAGGAUGAGGCAUGA